AUGGCAAAGACUUCGGUUGACGUCACAGCUGUUGUUCUCACUGUACUUUGCUUGUGCUAUCUGGCUAAUGCCGACGGUCAGAAAAUUGGCAAAUUUUUUAUCGAAGGCAAGGUAUAUUGUGAUCCCUGCCGCGUCCAAUUCCAAACCAGAAUCAGCGAACCAAUUGACGGUGCAACAGUAGAGUUGGCAUGCAAGAGCCGCAUAAAUUCAACCGUCUUUAACACAAUUCAAGCCAAGACCAAUAAGGAUGGCCUUUACACUCUUCUGGUGGAUGAGGACUACGCAGAUGAGAUAUGUGAGGUGAAGACAGUGAGCAGCCCCAGGGCAGAUUGUAAUGAGCAUUUCGAUGACUUUGAGAAGGCUAGAGUUUUGAUCACAUACAACAAUGGUGUUGCCUCCAAUGUUCGUUAUGCAAAUCCCCUUGGGUUCAUGAAGAAGGAAGCAGUUCCUGAGUGCGAGCAAGUACUUAAGGAACUGUUUCCUGAGGAGCAGACCGAUGAGCAAUAA